UUCUCCUGUUGGUUCAAUUUCAACCCUAGCCUUACUGUUAUACUUUCUCAUUCUUGUGAAGAGGAAUCGAUUAUAAAGAGAAGCGAUUUUGGUGUAUUCACGAAAUGGGUUUUGAACUUAAAGUGACGAUACAUUGAAAAAGCGAAGAGAUUUCACACUUUCAUAUUCAGAUUCGCUUCAUUCUCCUUGCAGGUUUCGUGGAUUCAAUCAUUGGUUUCAGGUUUUCAACAUCAUUUGUCCGAUGGAUAUCUGUCCGAUUAAGAAUCAAUGUCAGUCCAACCCGCCAUUCACGCCGGUGUUGAUUCCUGACGAACUCAUCGUCGAAAUCCUAUCGUUCCUUAGCGUGAAAACCAUCGCACGAUUCAAGUGCGUGAACAAGUCAUGGAACACUCUCAUCUCCAAUCCAACUUUCACCGAAAUGCACCUUAAGAAGUCAUCACAAAACCCUCACUUCAUACUCACAUCAACUCGGAAUCACCCUGUAAAGCAUGUCGUAUCCUUACCUGUGCAUUGUUUACUCGAGAAUGUGUCAGUCACUAUUGCCGGUGACACUUGCCACAAUUCGAAAGAAGAAAGUUGGCAGGUCGUUGGCUCCUGCAACGGAUUGCUCUGUUUGCUUUUCGAUUCUAUCUUUGGCAUACACACAAAGUACUUCUUCUGUUUAUGGAAUCCUGCAACGAGGACAAUGUCUGACGAAUUAGGUUUGUUUUUGGACUAUGAGUCUUUAUUGGGCCCUUUCAAGUUCAGUUUCGGUUGUGAUUAUUUAACUGGAACAUACAAGGUAGUGGCACUUAAUACAGAAAGUAAUGAAGAGAAAGAGACCGAGACCGAAGGUUUAUGGAGAAGCAAGGUGAGGGUUUUCAGUUUGGGUGAUUUUUGUUGGAGAGAGAUUCAAAGUUUUCCUUUGGUUCCUCUUAUCGGGAAUGAUGGUGUGCAUUUGAGUGGAACGGUUAAUUGGCUAGCUAUUCACGGUGACUAUGUUGGACUUUCUGAUGGAGAAACAGUUCAAGCUUCAAUUCCUCACGUUCAGCAAUUUGUGAUUGCUUCUCUUGAUCUUUCAACAGAGACGUACAACCGGCUUUUGCUUCCAAAGGAUUUUAAUGAGGUGCCAUGCGUUGAGCCAUCUCUUCGGGUUCUGAUGGAUUGUCUUUGCUUUUCGCAUGAUUUCAAGAGAACCGAAUUUGUUAUAUGGCUGAUGAAGGAGUUUGGAGUCCAAGAGUCUUGGACUCAGUUAUUUAGAUUUGAAUAUGUUAAUCUUCAAAUGCAGAACAUUCCGAUCAAAGACGACUGGGAUUUACUUGGAUACAUGACAUGUGAUACUCCAUUGUUACCUUUGUACCUUUCGAAGAAUGGAGAUACAUUGAUCUUGACAAAUGAUAAAGACAAAAGAGUAAUUAUCUAUAAUCGGAGAGAUAAGAGAGUAGAGAGAAUUGGAAUUUCCAACAAAAUAAGUUGGUUCUCCGCCAUUGAUUACAUUGAAAGCUUGGUUUCGACUCAUUGGAAGUCAGGAGAUAUAGAGGAAGAGGGAGAUGAAGAGGGGGAUGAGGAGGAGGAGGAGGAAGCGCAUUCAUUAUGAAAGGACGAGGAUCAACCAAGAGACAUUACUCUUGGAGUUUUUGGAGUGGAUGAUUUGUGCUAGAUUAUGAUUAUGUAUUAUGAUAAAAAAAUAAAUAAUAAAAAAAGGAACAAAGUAUGAAAAUAGUAAUCUUCAUUGUCAUCUGGGUUUUUUUUAGGGUUUGAAAACAUGAACUUUGUAAAGCCAGCGCACUUGUGUUUUCAUUUUGACUCAAAAAUGCUAAUAUAUUUUUUGUUUCGAAGAUGUAUGAAGUGAAUCCA